AUGCCUUACACCACCCGUACUCGCGCACCUCUCCUCCCGGUCGCGAUUUCCCAGUCUCCGCUCCUAUCUGGGACGCUGCCUGCCGACCUGUUCUAUAACCUCGCAAAACCCCUACCCAUCAUUACCAUUGGUCCGUGCGACCUCGGCGCCGAUCGCCCUCCCGCUCAAUCAGACGCUCGGUGGCCCUCACCUGCGUCCUCAUCCUCAUCACUCUCUUCCACCCUCUCUUCCCCCGCGUUGAUCUCCCCCAAGGACGUGAUCUCGCUCCUCAACCUCCUCGAAGCGAUGGACAAUGACGUCUCGACGGAGGUUCAGCGCGUGCGGCUCGGCAUUCAGGAGACGCGCACGCUCGUCCGGGAGUGUCGGGAGGAAUCCAAGGCGCGCGCAUGCGAGUUGCAGAAGAGGCGGGAGAAGGAGCAGAGCGAUACGAAGGGAGCGGACGAUGACUUCUGGCUGGACGCUAUUCGCGCCACCAUGAAGUUCAUGACUGCUAUGUGGCUCCUGGACACUACGACCGGGAAGCUGCAUCAUAUCGCAGACCCGUCGCGCGAGAACUACGCUAUCCUCUCACACGUCUGGAUCACGGGCAAAGAGCAGUCGUUCCAAGAGUUACAGGCCCUACACGCACUCACCGCGCGCGAAGCAUGGGGCGUCCGCCUCGGUCGACUCGCCGGACGCGCGGCGCCCUCGCCCCUCGCGAAGGCGUCGGAGAAGAUCCGCGAGUGCUGUGCGUUCGCAAAGGCGCGCGGGUACCGCUGGCUAUGGGUCGACACGUGCUGCAUCGACAAGACAAGCAGCGCGGAACUCUCGGAGGCGAUCAAUUCGAUGUACCAGUGGUACGCGCAGGCGGGCGUGUGCUACGCGUUCUUGCACGACGUCAGCGACGAGCAAGAUCCCCGCGUGCGGGGCUCGCAGUUCCGCCAGAGCCGCUGGUUCCGGCGUGGGUGGACGCUGCAGGAGCUCAUCGCGCCGCGGGAGCUUGUGUUCAUCUCCAAGGAGUGGCGUCCGUUCGGGACAAAGACGAGCUUAGCGGACGUCGUGGAGGAUGUCUCGGGCGUGGAGCGGGCGAUUCUAGGGCAUACUCGGCCACUGAGCACCGUCAGUGUCGCGCGACGCAUGGCGUGGUUCGCGAUGCGGAAAACGACUCGAGUGGAGGACGAGGCUUAUUCUCUGAUGGGCAUAUUUGGCGUCAACAUCCCGACCAUAUACGGCGAGGGCCGCAACGCGUUCUAUCGACUGCAAGAGGAGAUCCUAAGGCACACCCCAGACCAGAGCAUCUUCGCGUGGGGUCCGCUCGUCUUCGAACGGUACGGGUGGUCGUGCGACCAGUUCCUAAAGGCACCGCUCCCAGAAACGACCAGCGAAGACAUACCGAACGAAUACCUCUUCGCGCCGUCGCCCACCGCGUUCGAGCACUCCGGGGGCAUCACGCCGCUCCCGCUCGACGACUUCGAGCGCGAACUCUCAACCAAGGUCCCCGUGCCCGAGUACACCAUCACGAGCUAUGGCAUCCGCACGCGGCUUCCCCUGGCGACGCUCUGGCGGCCCGUGCCGCUUUCCACGACGCACCCGCAGCUCACGGUGCACGUCGCCGUCCUCGCGUGCACGGAUGUGAACGACGGGCUUGUCGCACUCCUCCUUCGCUCUCCCCUAAACCAGAACCACGAGCAGUAUGAGGUCGGAUGCCGAUACCCCGCCGGAUUCGUGCGUGGCGCGACGCUGCGCUGCCUCCAGGAGAGCUUCGCGCUAUCCCCUUCGCAUAGUAUGUCAAAGACGCCGAGCGGUAUCAGCUCCGAGCUGGCGUCCGUGUACGUCCCGUACCGCCCCUUCGAACAACCUGUGGUGUCGUAUGCGACCCGGCACAACAUACGACGGCCACCUACAGAGCGUAACGGCGACACGCCCGCGCGCACGCUUUUUCUCUGCCCGUGCGAGGUGAUCAUCCCCCAAUGGACCGUGGCGCACCUGCUCAAAGCGGACUAUUGCAUCUCUGCGGCACCUUCCGCGGUUCGAACCGUUGUCCACGUUCCGGAAAAGGGUCCGCUGGUCUGCGUCGUGCUCUCCCGCGGAAGCGGUAAGGACGGCAUCUACAUAGGACUGGGACCUUGCCCGGUGUCACACUCUUUAUUCAUGCCCCCAUACCUCACUGCGCUGGUGUCUUUCCAUGGGCCGCCAGUCCAUCCAGAGGUCGUUGAUAGCGCGGAAAGGAGCAUCCAUCGGCCUAGGCCAAUGCCGGAGUCUUGCAAAACGACACACGUGAACGAAUGGCGAGACAGCUCUACUGAAUGCGUAAGCGAGACGGGGAUCCGGGUGAAGCUGGCGUUCGGAGCGUGGACGGACUAUAUGGACAGCGGGAACCAUCGCGGGUUGUAUGCGCUGACGAUAGAGCUAGAGAAUAUCAGCUCGGGCGAACGUGGUAUUUAG